AGAAUCCGUGCAUGGUGAUUUAUUAGGAAGGAUUUCCGACAGACACGAGAAGUGAUUUGUGGUAAAAAGCCUCCGUUAACGUGUCUCUGGCUUCCAAUGCCGACAUGGAUCACUUGUCUCGGGGCGUGUGUGGUUGAAUAAUAUCAGCUCGUGGGAGACUGAAGCAUCUUGAUUAACGCAGGUCAGCCGGGUCAUGCUGAUGGACCAGGAAACUCAGUGGCUCCACCAACUCCUGGCUGAAGUCCAGCUGGAGAAGUUCUACUUGCGUGUCAGAGAUGGCCUCAACAUCACCCGCAUCCAGCACUUCGCCUAUGUCAAGGAGUCUGACCUCGAGCAGAUAGGAAUCAGCAAACCUGCACAAAGAAGAUUAUGGGAUGCUCUAAAACGCCACAAGACAAACUCACGAUCGCGGCCAUGGAUGCACAAGGGGUUCAACAGGCGAGGAGAUGGAGGGGAGCAGUAUAGUGGAAAUGGCCCAGCUCAGGGCCAGGAGGGCGGCAGCCGGGCUCUUCCGAGUUUAAUUCAAGACAGUGAGCUGGUUCUGGGGGAGAAAUUGGGUUCUGGGUCCUUUGGAGUGGUGAAGAAGGGAGAGUGGCACACGCCAACUGGGCAAGUGCUGUCUGUUGCCGUAAAAUCACUGAGGAGCAGUAUGUCGAGGCAGACGGACACUCUGAACGACUUCCUCCAGGAAGUGACCACCAUGCAGUCCUUAGACCACCCCAACAUUAUACGGCUCUAUGGUGUGGUGCUCACACAGCCGCUGAAGAUGGUAACAGAGCUGGCCCCAUUGGGAUCACUAUACGACACUCUGCGUGCACGUCAGUUUAAGUACCCUCUGGUCCGGCUCUGGCUCUUCGCUACUCAGAUUGCGGCAGGUAUGGACUACCUGGAGACCAGGAGAUUCGUCCACAGGGACCUGGCUGCAAGAAAUGUGCUGCUGGCGUUCAAGGACAUGGUGAAGAUCGGGGACUUUGGCUUAAUGCGAGGCCUGAGCCAGGAGGCAGACCACUAUGUCAUGUCAGCACACAGAAGGAUCCCGUUUGCAUGGUGUGCUCCAGAGAGUCUUCGUAUUGGCUCCUUCUCCCAUUCUUCAGAUGUCUGGAUGUUUGGUGUUACUUUAUGGGAGAUGUUUACCUACUGCGAGGAGCCCUGGUUUGGUCUGUCAGGCCGACAGAUUUUGUGGCGAGUGGAGCGGGAGGGCGAGCGCCUGGACAAACCACCAGAUUGCCCUCAGGAGUUAUACACCAUCAUGAGGAAGUGUUGGGCCUGCAAUCCUGCUGACAGACCCAAUUUCAACCAACUGGGCACGAUGGUGGCAGAGGUUAAACCAAUGGAAGUGCAAGCAACAAGAGACUUUACAGAACCCAGAAAACUCACACUCGCGGCCAAUGACCUGGUGACCGUCAUAGACCAUGGUCUGGAGCUGAGCGAGUGGCGAGGUCAGAACCAGAGGACGCUGACCGUCGGCUGGUUUCCUGCAAGCCUCAUCGCGCCAAUACAGACCCCUGUUUCUGUUACUGUCAACACCACUUCCAGCAACCAAGGCCCCAACCUCGCCACCAGCUCUACCCACAUCUCGGCUCCGAUAAAGGGCAGCAUGCACCACACGGGGCAUGGAGACAUCAACCCUGAACGCUCCUGGGGAACGCCUGAGAGCCUGGACAAGAGCGGCAACUGGAAGUCGGGCCCUGUCAGGGAGAAGGAGGGAUCCAAUCUGCAGAAAAUGGCAGGUAUGUCUCGGAGCCUGGAAUCGGUCAUAAGCGGACAUCGGCCCCGGGCUCAUACAGUAGGGCAGGUCAUGGUGGAUCAUCAGGGCAGACUCAUGCCUCCUGCAUUGGCAGCUCGAAGUGUGGUGAUGCAGCAGGACCUUCGUCGGUUCAGCGAGGCCAGUAUCAUCCCCCCUCCUCGUCCUCCACCUCCCAACCUGAAACGCUUCAACAUGAAAUCCCAGAGGAGACCUGCGGGUCAACCACCCACAGGGACGCCAUGGCCUCCGCAGAUGGUGCCGUCACCUCUGGUGCAGCCGCAACCUCAAGCGUUGCCUCAGCAGGGCAUCGGAGGCUCCAACCUGGUCAGAACCGCCCACAUGGCACGCUCUACCCCACAGCUGGACGAGUUUACAGACGGCAGAGAGAGGGAUCGAGAACGAGUAAGAGAGCGGGAGAAAUCGCCUCAUGUGCGGAACAGUAGAGACAAUCUCGUUCCACAGAUCAUGGAUGCAGUACAUGGAGUGACCAUAGAAGAGGUUCUUAAUGCACUUCAGCGUAAUGACGGGAACCCAGUGCUAGCGGAGCAACAACUCAAGAUGGAGCAGCUGUACUCGCUGAGCCUCUGCUCCAGAGACGACUGCCGGAGGAUCCUCUCCAGGUACCAGUGGAACCUGCAGGGCGCCAGUUGCUACCUGAUCCGAUUGGCCCGGGACGACAGGUCUGGCCCCGGCGAGAGGGAGCGACCUCUAGUGAGCACAGACAGACGAGUUUAAAGAGAUUGUUCUAAUGCGUGGAUGGUUGACUUUUUCCAGCAUCGCCCUGCUUUACAGUGACACACUCCGCUACCUGGAGAUCCAACUGUUAUCUUCUGCUCUGAUAUGGGAGCAGCCCAGUGUGUGUGAAAGUAGAAAAAUGGAUGUAUAUUCAGAGGGAAAAUAUUUUGAAGCACAGGAAAUUAGCAAAUAUCUUCCUUACCACUUUAAAAAAUAUAUUUCUAAUGAGACACGACAAGGAGAUGUUUUUAUAGUUUUUGUCGGCUAAUAAAUUUGUAUAUAUUGUAUUACAAAUUAUUGUUUUAUUGAAUAAAAGUGCUGAUGUGUUUUUCAUCUGCCAUGUCGCAAUGUAAAUUAUAUCCUGGUUUACUGGGAAACUGCACUCGUUGGUGCUUUUUCUUUUCUUUUCUGUGUUUUAUAAUAAUUGUAACUGUUAUGUGAUUUUCAUUUUUAUAUUAGGUUUAUUAUUAUGCACAAAUUCCACGUUUAAAUAAAAGGCUGUGUGCAACACUUA